GCGUAUGCGCAGUUUGCCGGAGCGCCUCUCAAACUGAGGAAGAUCUCGAACCCCUGGAGGAGUCCGAGCGGAACACUUCCUGCUCUGAGGACCAAUCAGAAAGAGACUCUGUCCCGACCCUCUGACAUCAUCAUACACCUCAGAAAACAGAAGUACAAUGCAGACUACGACCUAUCGGCUAAAGAGGGCGCCGACAGCCUGGCCUUCAUCUCUCUGAUGGAGGAGAGACUGAAACCUGCUCUGAUCUACGCCUUCUGGGUGGAGCCUAAGAACUACGUGGACUUGACUCGUCGCUGGUACGCCGACCACAUGCCGUUCCCUCUCAACUUCUUCCUGCCCGGGCGGAUGCAGGGCGCUCAGCUGGAGAAACUCCGGCUGCUCCGAGGAGAUGAGAGCCUGGAGGCCGGAGAGGAGGUGGAGAAGGAGCUGUACCGGGAUGCUACAGAGUGUAUGAACCUGCUGUCCCAGCGCCUCGGCUCACACAAGUUCUUCUUCGGGGACUCGCCUUCGUCUCUGGACGCCUACGUCUUCGGUCACUUGGCUCCUAUCCUCAAGUCCAAACUGCCCAACGGGAAACUGCAGCAGCACCUGAAGUCUCUCGACAACCUGACCAACUUCUGCACCAACAUCCUGCUGCUCUACUUCCCCCGAGACGGCCGAGCAGAGAGCUCCAGCCAGAAGACGCCGGCGCCCCCUGAGAGCGGAGACUUCGACCACGUCCCCAACAAGCGCAGGAAGCAGUUGAUGUCGGUGCUGGUGGCUCUGGGCGCCAUGCUGAGCUACGCCCUGCUCACCGGCAUGGUGUCCAUCCAACACGUCCACCAGGAGGCGCUGGAGGAGCCACCAGACCUGCAGGGCAUUGGCUCCCCUGAGGAGGAGGAGGGGGACUGAGAACAGGUGCAUCAUGGGACUCUGAGGACAGAAGGCGAGAUGGUCAGUAGGAGUAACCGGUGAUGUCUCACUCUGAUGAGUUUUUACAUCACCAAAGAGAGAGAGGAGCAUCGGGAGGCUGAAAGCAGACAGGAAGUGACCUGCUUCAUGUACAGACAUUAAAGGCUCAGUCUGCAGAUUUACUUUUUAACUGUUUAUAAAAAGAAGAACACACAUCCAUCUUUUUCCUUUGAAUAAAUUAAUUUGACUUCCUGUUUGUUUGUUAAAGAUGUUUUCUGUUCUUCAGUUCAUGUUCUCUAAACCGACGACGCAUCAUCGCAACAUGAAUAAAAUCACAUGAAACAAGAA